AUGGAUUCCUCUGCCGGCAAGCCACAUACGUGGCUUGAACUAGAAGGCAAGCUUGAUCUAAAUAUUCGAGCCGACUCGCGACUGAUGUUCGGCUUUUUGUGUUGCAUUCUAUGUUUGCCUCGAAUCAUCUUUGGUUGGGUUAUUCGACUUUCUAAUCUAUUGAUUUGGAAUGUCUACUUGGUUCUUUGGUGUUUUACCUCGAAGCCUCAAUCGAGCGUCACGGUUUUCCUUGGCCAGGGAGACAUCACCACAGAUACAACCUGUAAAGAAUCGCAAGUGGCAAAAUAUACAACAAAGUGUUACCCUUCCAGAUGUCGCGACCGCACAUUUGGGACUCAGCAUCAUGUUGUGAAGCUUGAUACGUGGAACAAUGGCUGUGGCAUCUGCACGCCGAUUUCGCCUAGGGAUGCGAUCAAGAGAAAUAACAACGGUCUUUGUGCACGACCAAAAAUCCCAGACUUGUUCAGGUGGGGCAGAUACAGACUCAACAAAGAAGCAGACAGGACCUCGCUAUCGAUCGCUGGCCCAAAAUCCAGAAAGGGCGAUCAUGCAGACCUUGACAGAGAAGCUGAUACGACGGUGAGGCUCAAGAGGAGUCGAAACAGCUCCAAGCGAGGAAGCGAUGGUACUCUGCGAUCAUCUGCCUCUCUUCCCCAUCGCCCGGGCUUGUGUAACCCUCGCGAAGCGCCGUGCGAUAAGAACCGGGUAACAUCACCACAAGGAGCGCCACGUUUGUCCUACGCGACGCCACCCCCGCUUGCAUCAAUUAAUCAAGCAGCUAGAGGCGCCAACUUUGUAGCUGCGAUUCCAUGCUCAAGAAGAGCUCAGCUCAACACAAACGACGGUAGGCCCGAAGCAUCCUUGGAGCCUCGUAGGGGCGCAUUGAACAGCUUUGUAUCCGUCCUUCCAGGUCGACCUGAGGCGCCCUCAACAGUGGCAAAACCAGGCCCCGGGCAUGCAGGCAAAGAGAGCGAACUUGAGAUCACCAUCGAUAAAGCGCCCGACACCGGUUCGUUGACUAGUCCCCCUACCCAUGGGUCGAGGCAACUAGCUGGAGGAGAGCCUAGCAACGGCAAAGGCAAAGGUAGAGCAAGGUCUACUUCCACGGGUGCAAGAGGAGCCAAGUCCGCCCGAAGCACGGCAGAUGGACGCACAUGGGAGCAAAGCACUGCUGAUGAUGAAGGCGAGGAGGAUGAUGACGACGACGACGACGAUCAGUCAGAACCAGCUCACCCCACAGAUCAAGAGGGUUUCGAUUACCGGAAGCCAGGAAAGAAAUUCCGAUGUCCUCUACACGCCGCUAAUCCUUCCCUCUGCGAGAACCUGAAGUCGAAGUGCUGGAAAUGGGAUGCACCGAAGAUCGACAGAGUGAGUCGCCAUGUCAGGGCCCACAUCAAAGAUGAUAAAGACAAAAUGGAGAAAAUCGACGAAUGGUCGAAACGCAAGCUCAAGCCUGAAGAAAGAUGGAGGGAAUACUACCGACUGUUUGGAGGUCUCGACUCCAAUGUCUCUCCAUACAGCGCUGAAACCGGCCUCCAGACUCCUAUCACGUCUGCGUUGGCCCAAAUGGCGAGCCAUAUCAGCCAAAACUCCUUAACGCCUUCCGAAUCUCGAGAGACUCUUCAGUCCUUUGUAAGGCUAUUUGCAGAGAAGGAGCAUCGUGACGUGGAAGCCCGUGCACACUUUCACUCACAACAGGCUAGACUACACUCAGAACAGGCGAGAAUCCAUCAUGAGUGUGAAAAACAGGUGAGGAACUCGGGAGAAAGGUUCGAGGAUGCUGUUCGGAAACUUUCCAAUAGAUCCACCACAACGCCGACCAGAUUGGAGGCAGGAAACCAUUCUCCAGACACAACCGUCAUGCCUGACGGCACUCAAGAUGAGGAUCUGUUGCACAUCAUGGGGAACUCCGGGCGACAGCCUUCUGGUCAUCAGCGACCAAUGUAUGCCACGCACAUUUGGCCUGAAUCAGGACCGGCCUCCUCAAGCAGGUCACAAGACCCAACGCAUCUGAUGGUACCUACAAGUUCUCAAUCAUCGCAGUAUUACGCGUAUCGCAACCGCAUACCACCCCAAGAAGGGCAAGGCAUACUUGGUACCGGCAUCGCUCAACGUGAAGAGACCAUCAACCAAGUCCUGUCUACCACCGACAGACUACUAGAUCCUCAGCAACGGCCGCCAAAACGCCGUAGAUACCAAGAGCACCAACGCGACCACCAACAAACUUCUUGGAACCCAGACGCGUGCUCACAGCUCUAUCAAGGACUAGCAGAUACCAACUACCAAGGUUUUUCAUUACCUGACGACUGCCGCUGUACUGGGCUCAGCCCUUCAAAAUGUCAAGCGCUCAGAUUUUCCACCCUUUGA